AUGCCUGGCGGACCUUCAGUAGGAAAAUUAGUCUUCCGUAUUUUUACGCCAGUGUCGCGCAGACUCAAUUCACAUCUCAAAGGACGUUAUCCUUCUCCUGAUCCGGUUAAAUAUAGCGCUUUUUCGACUAAUUCCAAUAAGAUAAUUUCUACCCGUAAUAGGCAUAAGCGUGAAACUCUGAAUACGGAGGAUAGACUUCGCGUUGUAGCCCAUAAGAGAGUUUUACCACUUCUUCAGGCAAUACUUAAUGAAGACAUUGAAGCUGUUUGGUAUCUGUAUAAACGACUUGAUGGAGAAGAUAAAUUGAAACUACUUUUACCGGAGCAUCAUUCACUCGUGUUGAGAAGCAUUAAUGUGAAAAACCGUUUGAUAGAUGAAGAACUAAAGACCAAAUACACAAAGAGGCUUAUAUAUGUGGUUGGGCGUAUGAAAGCUUAUGGCUAUAAUCCAGAUGUCCGUGACUAUACUCAUUUACUUUACGUAUUUGGUUCGAUAAAAAAGUAUCGCGAAUGUGAUAAAAUAUGGAAUCGAAUGCGGGAGAGUGGUAUUAAACCAGGAAUAUAUGCGUACAAUUGCUAUCUAUAUUCAUGCCUAGGCCGGAAUACGGGAUGUCUGGAACUAGCAAGUGACAUCUGGCGGAAUCUGCAAAAAGAUGGAAUAAACCCGAAUGCAGUAACGUAUGCUGUUAUGAUCAGAAUUUACGGAUAUCUGAAGCUGCCUGAUGGAGCUCGUCAGAUAUUUGACAGUACCUUUGAUAUAUCAGAAGAACAUAAGAACGCCUCUAAAUUCACCCCAACAGCAUAUUCAUUUAAUUCUUUACUGUAUGCAUACGGACAGUCUGGAGAGCUUGACAAAAUGAAAAACACAUACGAAUUAAUGGUAAAAGUUAAAGUGAUGCCUGACUUUAAUACUUUUGAUGAACUUAUUAGAUGGUCAUGUGAAUUCAAAGACUUGGAAGGAGCUAAGGAAUAUAAUGUUAUAAUGCAGGAGCAAUAUGGCUUUCAGCCUAAUAUAACCAUAUUCAACUAUUUCAUAAAACUAGCAAUUAAUACAGGGAGAACAACAUUUGCUAUCGAACUAUUCAAAGAGAUGAAGGAAAAAUAUAACUUAUUUCCAAUAGCAAAAAUGGUUCAGAAAUUGCAUGCAAAGAUGCGUAUCAGAAAGAGAUAUUCAGACGCUCAACUUUUAGUAAAUGAAUGGAUACCUCAAAUUGUCACUCGCAAACAAUAG